AUGGGUCGUCGCCUAAUUGCCGUAGCUAUCCUCAUCUUCACCUUGUUCACCAUCUGCAACCUUCUCGCCGAAGGCAAGGGAGAAGGCCAAGGAAACGGCUUACAUGUCGGGUUUUAUGCUUCUAGUUGCCCUAAGGUUGAAGACAUUGUUGCUGAGGUUGUGGCUCGUUUUCAUGAGCAAGAACCCAAGCUCCCUCCUGCCCUCCUCCGCCUAUUCUUCCAUGAUUGCUUUGUUAAGGGUUGUGAUGCCUCGAUCCUAUUGGACGCAACACCAUCUGGUGAGCCUGUAGAGAAAGAAUCACCAGCCAAUGGUGAAACACUCGGAGGUCUUGAGGUUAUUGAUGCGAUCAAGGCCAGGGUCGAGCAAGAGUGCCCGCAAACUGUAUCUUGCGCUGACUUAUUAGCAUUUGCUGCUCGGGAAGCCGUUCAUCUCGCCGGCCUACCCCGUCAUGAAGUCCCAGCCGGUCGCCGCGACAGUAAGACUUCGCGUGCCACUGAUGUCAAUUUCAACCUCGCUGCACCUGAAACUACUCUGGAUGAAAUUAUACACAUCUUCGCCAUAAGAAACUUGUCAUUAGAAGAUAUGGUUGUCUUAUUCGGUGCACACUCCAUUGGUGAAGCACAAUGCACCCAAGUUACAGACAGACUAUACAAAUAUAGCAAAGAUAGUCCCCGAGACCCUUCCCUGGACCCAACCUAUGCUGAUGAGUUGGCCGGAAAGUGCCCCGCACCGGAAGCAAGGCCUGCGGAGCAAGCAUUACGGACCAUGGUGGAGUUUGAUCCGACAACACCACUUGACCUCGACAAUCAGUAUUAUGUUAACCUGUUGAGAGGGAGAGGCUUGCUUCAAUCGGAUCAAGUACUCACUACUGAUGCCCGCACUGGAGCAAUUGUGUACAGAAUGGCUGCUAGCCCUGAAACUUGGAGCAAAAUGUUUCUCAAGGCCAUGAUCAAGAUGGGGAGAAUAAAUGUUCUCACCGAAAAUGAAGGAGAGAUAAGGACAAACUGCCGGGCAUAUCUCUAA